CUCGGCACAGGCCAGCGUGGAAAGGCCCGAAGCCUUUGGACUACUCCUGCCAUUGGGGCAGUUCUCAUCUAGCGACUUCAGUGUGCGGCUAAAGAGAUAUCGGAGUCCUCUCAGCAACAUGGAAUCGUGCGGAACAGGCCGUGCUGAUAUCCGUACGAUACUCGACCACGCGGGAAGUGAUAGCCGUUAGCUUCUGUCUGAGGCGUCAAAUUACGCGGAGUGUUGAGUUUCCCAGACCUUGCCCGCUGUUCGAUGACAUCAUGGCAACAUCCCAUUCCCCACAAGGAGGAGAGGAGGCGGUAUCGGAUGGGGUCGAAGAAGCUUUCGCACCCACAGAAGAGAAUGACGGAGAGAGUCCCUUUGAUGAUGCUGUCUUCCACGCCCAGCUUAACCACCAUUUCCUCACUCAUUCUCGGGGAUCGUCCAUCAAUUUGUCCUUCGACCUUUCGUCGUCGUCAUCUGAGGGGGACGAGGAUUCGGAGGGAGAUGAAUUCAGGGAGCAGAUUCUCACCGAUCCGAGCCGUGUCCGGUUGUACAUAAAAGGGAAACUCCAAUAUCACUUCAUGAGUCCACUAGAGAAGUGGCGUUACAGACAAGUAUUCCCGUGGAAAUUGAUCUUCCAAGUUGUUAAGAUAUUCGUUGUCACAUUUCAAAUUCUCUUGUUUGGCAUGGACAGUACUCAAUUCUACAAAGAAGAAGCCGCAACAGCUACAGCCCUCAAAGCGUAUUUCCUCACGGAUUGGGAUCCAAUUCGAGAUGUGUAUUUCUAUCCGCCCACGGACGGCCCUUACGCAGUAUACACGAUGACGGAACUCUUUGAUAGCAUCGAUACGGUCGUUCAACGAUACGCGAAUAUAACGGAGGAACCGAUUGGCUCGUUUCGUUACGACUCCGCCGAUGGACAUCUGGUUCCCCCGAAGCUUUGUCUUGAAUUCUACGAAACUGUCAAAGUGUUUCCCUUCAACUCAUCGAUAAGUUUCAACAACAAGGUCAAGUUCCGAUGUCUACCGAUUGAUCCGCCGAGCUACAACAACUUCUCUAUCCUUGCCUUCCUGAAUGAGACUGCCGCACUUGAUCUUCAGAGAUUGAUAACAGCCAGAAUAAACUUCUCGCUGAGAACUGUAUAUCGACGGUCUCGACCCGUACAUGACUAUUUUGUUGCCUACCGAAUGGAUACAAACAUCAUUUACGACAAUAUGCAUCAUGACGGAAUGAUCAAGGUUCUGCUGAAAGUCAGCGGCGCGACGAACGAGGGUGAGAAGACAUUCUUGGAUGAGGGCGUGCAUCCAAGCGAGCUCCUUGCGCGACAGGCUUUGAAUGUCUCCGUCAUAGUCCUCUGUGUGAUAUCACUGUUCCUCUGCUUGCGAUCGAUGGUGCGGUGCAAUUACUUGCUGAAAAAAACCAAAGAAUUCUUCGUCACCAACAUGGGGACCGAACUCUCGUUCGGAGACAAGGUGGAAUUCGUUGAUUUCUGGCUCUGCUUGAUCGUCUUGAACGACAUUCUCGUCAUUUGUGGAACCGCGGUGAAAAUCACAAUCGACCUUCAGAUCAUUUCAAAGACGCGCUUCAUGUGCGCGUCCGUUCUGCUCGGAACUGGGAUUCUCCUCGUUUGGUGUGGCGUUUUGAGAUACCUGGGAUAUUUGAAAACAUACAAUGUCCUCAUAUUGACUCUGAAGCGAUCGACGCCGAAUCUUCUCAAGUUCUUGAUCGGGGCCAUGACCCUUUUCUUCGGCUACGCCAUCUGCGGAUGGGUGGUGCUGGGCCCGCAUCAUCUCAAGUUCAAAACUUUUUCGACGAGUAUGGAGUGCCUUUACGCCAUAACGAACGGUGACGACAUUUUCGCAACCUUCGCGCUCGCCACAGACGAAUACGCUAGUCUGCAUAUAUCGCCGAUGAUCUGGUGGUACGAGAUUUUUUUGUACUCGUUCGUCAUCUUGUUCAUCUGUGUUGUGAUCAAUUUGUUGUACGCGGUAAUCAUCGACGCAUACGAAUCGAUAAAGGAGACGUCGGAUGCGAGUAGGCAGCCUAAGAAAAGUCUCGUUAGAGACUUCAUCCAGGAACGUCUCGAAAAAGCUUCGAGCAUCAAUUACAUCCUCGAUGAAGAAUUCGAAGGGCGAAUGAGCACGCUGGAGCUCCUCUUGUGCUGCUUCCCUUCGUGGUUCAGAAGGGGAGCGCAAUCCGACGAUCAAGCUCUGAUGGCUCGAAGGAACUCACGGCGACAAUCGCGCUUGGUUAGACAGGACGCGAUCGUCAUCGACGAAUGAAACCCACAGUCGCGCCAACGGAACUCCUCCAGUGAUCAGCUGCCAAAGUUCAUAAAUCGAGUCCCUCGAAGCCAAUGUUCGGCGGGAGGCUGCGAAGCACGGAGUGGUCGUGUGAUUUAUCCGCUGGGCGAGAGUCUGAAAUCUCACGGAGAAAAGAUCAACCAGAUACGUCAAACUUCUGUAAAUACGUUACAACAGAUAUAGCGGGGGCAGAACAAGGAUUCACGAU